AACACAAGAUUGCUUUACCAGUUUUUUUAAUUAUCGAACUUAGAAAUGGAUUUGUCAAAAGGGUCACGAAGGAUGUCAUUUGUGUGAGUUGUGUUCUAUAAAAAAAAUAAUAAUAAUAAAAAAAACCCUAAAGGAAGCCAUGCCACUUCUGCAAGUGUCAACCGUGAUAAUGCCCUUUGUGAUGCCUCAAGAUACUACUUGUUUCUUGCUCAAUCUCAUGUGCUAAGCUUCCAAAUUAAAUUUGGCAUAAGGCCCAUUUCUUCCUGUAGUCUUGAGAUUUAACUGAUCUUCAAUAAAAGGUCAUUAAAUCAUUCCAUGUGGCUCCAUGCCAAGCCAGACAGAAUUCCAUGUACCUUGUUAACCGCUUGUUUCCUUGGUCUACAUUUCUAGACUUUUGGAAGUUUAAUGCCAAAAAACCCUUACGUGUCCGCUUCUUCUUCACAAGCACAAGAAACUGCACGGUCUCCUGCUCAAGAUCACAUGGUUUUAAGGGCCUUUCUCUGUUUAAAUGCAAGGCAUCCAUCCGUCUAUCCACCCACCUCUUAGCUAAAGUUGCUAGAUAUUGCAGAGAAAACGGAAGUGAAGAAACAUGUUGCCCAUGUUGCCGAGACUUUUCUUUCCACCUCCUUUCUUUAUCAAAGCAAUGUCAGUGAUUUGUGUCGUGUCAUUAGGAAAUGUUGGGCUCUCAGAGAUUAGGGGAAAGCACAUGCAAUACUCCAAAUUCUUGAAUAUUGGUGAAAAGAAGCCCAUCAAAAAAAAGAUUCAAGUCUCUAGUAGAACUGGCAUGCUCAUUGCUUACACACCAGCAUUUCUUGCCGGCGCUGCUUCGUUCGGGCUCUUCCCAAAUGAGGAUCUCAGGUUUUUGUUGGUCAAAUCCACUCUAACCUUCCAUUUCUUCAAAAGAAUACUUGAGGUGCUAUUCGUUCACAGAUACAGUGGAGGGAUGGAAGUUGAGUCUCUAAUCCCUAUCACUCUUAGUUAUUUCACAUCCUCUGUGUUUAUCAUCUAUGCUCAACACCUAGCACAAGCACUCCCAGAGCCAGAAAUUGAUUUGAAGUAUCCAGGGAUUGCAUUGUUUGUAGUAGGAAUCAGUGGUAACUUCUACCACCAUCGUCUCCUUUCCAAACUGAGAAGCAAGAAUGACAAAGAAUACAAGGUCCCCAAGGGAGGCUUAUUUGACCUAGUGAUUUGCCCUCACUAUCUGUUUGAGAUUCUUGGGUUUUUGGGGAUCUCUCUCAUAGCUCAAACAUUGUAUGCCUUUUCCUUCUUUGUUGGAACAACUCUUUACCUGAUGGGAAGGAGUUAUGUCACGAGGAGAUGGUACCUUUCACAGUUCAAAGAUUUUCCCAAGGAUGUAAAGGCUCUCAUCCCUUCUGCAUUUUAAACCUGUACAGAGACGAAAAACAAAUUUGAUGACUUUCCCAAGGAUAUCAACACAAUCAUUCCUUGCUUUU